AUGGCAAGCCAAGCAUUCAUCGUCGCAGCCAAGCGAACUCCCUUCGGUGCCUUUGGAGGCAAACUCUCCCGUUUCACCGCAUCCCAACUCGGAGGUCUUGCUUCCAAAGCUGCUCUCUCUGAACUUCCCUCCAACACCCAAGUCGAUGCUACCAUUUUCGGCAAUGUACAGGCAUCCGACAACACAGCUGCUUACCUUGCUCGUCAUGUUGGACAUCAUGCUGGGUUGCCUGUCACCACUCCUGCUUUGACGGUUAACAGAUUGUGUGGAUCUGGUUUCCAGUCUAUCAUCAAUGCUGUUCACGAGAUCCGAGUCGGUGACUCCAACGUCGUGCUCACCGGUGGUACAGAGUCAAUGUCUCAAGCACCUUACACCCUGCAUGGCGUUCGAUUCGGCAACACCCGCUACGGACAGGAUCUUAAGCUUGUCGAUUCGCUGGCUGCUGCGUUGACUGACCAAGUGCCCACUCCCACUCCUAUGGGUGUCACUGCUGAAAACCUGGCUGCAAAAUACGGAAUUACUCGUCAACAAUGUGACGAAUACGCACUGCAGACCCAGCAACGCUACCAAAAGGCACUUUCGGAAGGCGCCUUCAAAGGCGAAAUCGUCCCCGUCGAAAUCAAGUCCAAGAAAGCCACCGAAUCGUUCGAAGCCGACGAACAUCCUCGUGCCACAACCACCGUCGAAUCCCUCGGCAAGCUCCCUUCUGUCUUCAAGAAAGAGGGCACUGUCUCUGCAGGAAACGCUUCAGGCAUUUGUGACGGUGCAGCAGCCAACGUCGUCGCCUCGGGAGAAGCUGUGAAGAAGUUCGGCAUGAAACCCCUGGCCCGCAUCGUCUCCUACGGCGUCACUGCAUGCGAGCCUAGCAUCAUGGGUAUUGGUCCUGUUCAAGCUAGUAAGCUCGCUCUUAGCCGUGCUGGAUUGAAGGUAUCGGAUAUGGACUUGAUCGAGGUUAACGAGGCUUUUGCUGCUCAGUUCUUGGCUGUCCAGAAGGAGUUGGAGUUGCCUAACGAAAAGACAAACAUUUUCGGUGGCGCUAUCGCCCUCGGUCACCCAUUGGGAGCUAGUGGUGCAAGGAUCAUGGCCAACUUAACUCACAACUUGAUCAGGUUGGAUAAGAGGUACGCUCUGGGUGCAGCUUGCAUUGGCGGUGGUCAGGGUAUUGCGAUUGUUAUUGAGCGUGUCUGA